AGCUUCUCCCGAAACCGCUGCUGCUGUAUUCUUUGUUUGUUAUGAGCGCUCAGCUCCAGCAGAAGAGCUCCAAGCCCAACAGCAUGGCGUCGCCUGCAGCAGCUGCUGGCGUGACCAUCGGCACCAGUGAGGACCAGCAUACCCCCGAUUUGACGGCGUUUGUCAAGAGCCUGUUGAAGGAGAUGGAGCAGCGUUUCCAGACGAUGAGUGAUUCCAUCAUAAACCGCAUCGACGACAUGGGCAGCCGCAUAGACGACCUCGAGAAGAGCAUCUCAGAGCUCAUGGAGCAGGCAAGAGGAGGGAAGGGGAAGGGAGUGCCAGGAGAGAAGGGCGCAUGCAUCCAUAUGUACGAAGCAUGACCAUGAAGACUUAUGUGUGUUCUUGUAUGGAUUUUGUCACGCAGGCUGGCGUGGACGAGCAGCCCUCAGCCCCUGCUGGUGCCCAGAAGUGAUAUGCAGGGCCUGGCGUCCCCGAGUAGCGGAUGGGUGGAUGGCCGGAUGGAUGGAUGGAUGGAUGAGUGUCGUGUCGUGCCUUUUCUUCUUGUGAGAGUGCAUCGCUGACUGGCUGUCUGUGCAGAGCCUGUAGAUACAUAUUUGACUGAAUGGCUGAGAUGCAAUGGGGUGACUGACUGAAGGAAUUGAGCGCUUGCACAGCGACCACGCAGAAAAAAUGAAACGAC